GCAACUCCAGAGCUGUCUGACAGGCCCUUCAGUAAUGACUCUACUUCUAAUGACAACACUGCUGGUCUCAGGUCUGGGCAGUCUCUCUUCCUCUGUGCCACGUCAGUUCCAUGUGGUGAAGGAGCAGAAGAGCUGGACAGAAGCUCAGCAGUACUGCAGAGAGGAGUUCACUGACCUCGCCACCAUAGACGACAUGACAGAGAUGGAGAAGGUGAAGAGCAAGAUCCAUGCAGGUGUAAAUGCUUGGAUUGGGCUGAAGAGGGAAAGCAGCCCUAAGUGGCAGUGGUCUCUGGCUGACAGGGAUUUCUACAGAGAGCAGGAAACAGAGUUCAGAAACUGGGCUACAGGCCAACCCAAUGGAGGUAGAGAAGAGUGUGUGUUAAUGUGGCGUGGUGGGAAAUGGCAUGACUUCUGGUGUCGCGAAAGCCGUCCCUUCAUCUGCUAUGAUGGGGGAAACUCCACACAUCCCUAUGUGCUGGUUACUGAGAGGAAGAACUGGGCAGAUGCUCAGAGAUACUGCAGAGAGAAACACACAGACCUGGCCAGUGUGAGGAAUCAGGAAGAGAAUGACCAGAUAGAGCAAGUUAGAGGAAAUAUAAACAGGGGUGCCUGGAUUGGCCUGUUCAGAGAUGCCUGGGAGUGGUCAGAUGGCAGCAGUUCCUCAUUCCGCCACUGGGGCGCUGGAGAACCUGAUAACAAGGGUGUGGCGUGCACUGAAAUUAUGCCCAGUGGUCUUUGGAAAGAUGCAGACUGUCAGCAUAAUGAUGGUAGUCACUUCAUCUGCUAUGAAGAUGAGCUGGUUCUGGUCCGUGAGAAUAAGACCUGGAGAGAGGCGCUGCAGUACUGCCGAGAUCACCAUGUGGACCUGGUGUCUGUGACGUCCGAGCGGGUCCAGCGCUGGGUGAGUGAACGGGCUAAAGGAGCCUCCACUGCUCACGUGUGGGUGGGCCUGGUCCACUCCUACGGCUUGGGCUGGUUCUGGGUCUGUGGACAGACCAUCUGCUACAGCAACUGGACCCAAGGGCACCAGCAGGUGGAGUCCUUCCAUCAAGGAGUCGGGGCAGUGGAGUCUGGAGGGGGGCAGUGGGUCAGCAACCUGACUAAGACCGACCAACUCAACUUCAUCUGCACCACUAAGGAGCAGUGUGGCUGAACCCUCCUCAGUCCAGAGCAGUGUUAGAGGAACUCCUCAGGUUUCUCCAGCUCCCAUUCAUGUUCACCACUCAUUUCAUCAUGUGCAGCUACACAGCUACUGUCAUAUACACUACAUAUGUCAAUAUUACCAUUAUAUUUACUCUUUAUAUUUACUCUUCCUAUAAAGUGUGCUACAAAGUGAAUACAUUUAUAUGUUUAAUCAAUUAUACUGUAGGCUAUGUGUUUAUUAGCAAUGAUGUCAUGUUUUGACAAUGCAAAAGUACAGUAUGUCAACUUUGUCAAUUGUAGAACUCUGUGCUGAAUGUUUGCUGUAACUGACAUGACUAUUUGUGAUUAGUAUGAUUA